CGCCGUUGUGCUCAGUUGUGAACUGCUUUUCCUCAGCCACAGGCCUAAAAUUCCGAGGAGAGAGGCAGCGCUGUGGUCGCCGCGAGGAGGACGCACCCAGUUCCGUGCGGCCUCGGGAGCAGGGAAAACCUUAAGAAUGGAGUCUAAACCUUCAAGAAUUCCAAGAAGAAUUUCUGUUCAACCCUCCAGCUCUUUAAGUGCUAGAAUGAUGUCUGGAAGCAGAGGAAGUAAUUUAAAUGAUAACUAUCACUCAAGAGACCCUUCAUUCAGAUUGGUCUCUGAAUAUCAGUCUAUGUCAGCAUCUGCAUCACCAUUUCAGUCUACAUGGUAUAGUGAGUCUGAGAUAACUCAGGGAGCACACUCAAGAUCGCAGAACCAGCAAAGGGAUCAUGAUUCAAAAAGACCUAAACUUUCUUGUAGAAACUGUACUUCUACCUCAGCUGGGAGAAAUAUUGGAAAUGGUUUAAGUGCAGUAUCAGAUGUUCUAGACAGAGUUCCUUCUUCAUAUUCACAGGGAGCAAGACCAAAAGAUAACUCACUGAGCACUUUACAGUUGAAUACAUCAUCCACAAAUCACCAUUUGCCUUCUGAACAUCAGACCAUACCAAGUUCUAGGGACUCUGGCAGAUAUUCUUUAAGAUCAAAUUUUUCUUCAAGAGAAUCAGAAUCUCCUCGAAGCAGUACACAGCCUGGAUUGCCUUAUGUUUCUAGUAGAGAUGAAACUCCAACCAUAAGCAAUUCAGAAAGGGUUGUUUCAUCUCAAGAUCAUGAAGGUAGGCGGACAACCAGGAGAUUGCUGUCACGGAUAGCUUCUAGCAUGUCAUCCACUUUUUUUCCACGAAGAUGUAGUCAGGAUUCCUUGAAUACAAGAUCAUUGAGUUCUGAAAAUUCUUACAUUUCUCCAAGAAUCUUGACAGCUUCACAGUCUCGUAGUAAUGCAACAUCAACUACUGAAGUUCCCGAUAAUAGGCCAUCUGAAGCUUCUCAGGGAUUUCGGCUUCUUAGGCGAAGACGGGGUUUGUCAUCUCUUAGCCAAAAUCAUAGCUCUGAGUCAGAUUCAGAAAAUUUUAACCAAGUAUCUGAAGGUAGAAAUACAGGACCAUGGUUAUCUUCCUCAUUUAGAAAUAGGUGCACACCUCUGUUUUCUAGAAGGAGGCUAGAGGGAAGAGAUGACUCUUCGAGGAUACCUACCUCUGAUACACCAACUAGAUCUCACAUUUUUAGAAGAGAACCAAAUGAAGUGGUUCACUUGGAAGCACAGAGUGAUCCUCUUGGGGCGGCUGCCAACCGGCCACCAGCAUCUGCACAGUCAAGCAGUGCCACGAGAAGUGGCUCCACAUCAGAUUCAGCUCAAGGUGGAAGAAAUGCAGGAAUAACAGGGAUUCUUCCUGGUUCCUUAUUCCGAUUUGCAGUCCCUCCAGCACUAGGAACUAAUUUGACCGACAAUGUCAUGAUCACUGUAGAUAUUAUUCCUUCAGGUUGGAAUUCAUCUGAUGGGAAAAGUGAUAAAACUAAAAGUGCAUCUUCAAGAGAUCCAGAAAGACUGCAGAAAAUAAAAGAGAGCCUCCUUUUAGAGGACUCUGAAGAAGAAGAAGGUGACUUAUGUAGAAUUUGUCAGAUGGCGGCUGCAUCAUCGUCUAAUUUGCUAAUAGAGCCAUGCAAGUGCACAGGACGUUUGCAGUAUGUCCACCAAGAGUGCAUGAAAAAGUGGUUACAGGCCAAAAUUAACUCUGGUUCAUCCUUAGAGGCUGUAACCACCUGUGAACUCUGUAAAGAGAAGUUGCAGCUUAACCUGGAGGAUUUUGAUAUUCAUGAACUGCAUAGAGCUCAUGCAAAUGAACAAGCUGAGUAUGAGUUUAUCAGCUCUGGUCUCUACCUAGUUGUAUUAUUGCACUUGUGUGAACAAAGCUUUUCUGAUAUGAUGGGAAAUAUAAGUACACGUGUCCGAUUUAUUAACCAUGCAAGAAUUCUUCAGGCACAUAUGGAAGAUCUCGAAACUUCAGAGGAUGAUUCCGAAGAUGAUGGAGACCAGAACAGAACAUCUGAUACUGCCUAACUUCAUAUAAGACAAAUGGAUGAUCUGUGAACAAGUGUUUAUUAAAACUGGCAAUUAAGUAUGAAUCACUUUUUGUGGGGAAAUGCCCAUUAAAUUCAUUGACUAUCUGAUAUAUAAAAUGAAUAUAUACAUAGACAUACAUGCAUGUAUAUACACAUAUAUUCAUUCUGAAGUGUUGCUGAAUUAAGAUUCUACUGCUGCACCUUUUAACAUGGCUGGCAAAUCUGACGUUUAUAAACUGAUAAUCAAAAGUAUUUUUCUUCUAGGUGAGUGGGAAAGUAUUACCCUUGUUUUAAAUAUCUAAGCAAUGCCCAUGAACGUUUUUGUGUUCUGAUUACUGUAGUCAUAUUUAUGAAGAAAUGUUCAUGUCUUAGUCUCUUAGUGGGACCCCAAAUAUGCUUUGGAAAUAAAAUGCCAAACGGCACUUAAUUAUGUUUCCUUUUAAAAUGCCUUAAGUUGUAGUCUCAUUUGGAUAAUCAUUUUUUGCCAGUGUUUAAAAAUAAAAAUAAAAGAAUGGGGAGGUUACGAAGCGUGUUUAUUAUAUGUAUAAAGUUUCCACAUUUAAUUUAGAUUCUAAAUUCACCUAGCAAUAAAACGUAAUUUUUAAAAAUGUGUACAAAUAUAAAGUGUAUAAAUGAUGGGUAAGUUUUUGUAUUGAUUUGCAAAAUGCAGAUUAUAUUUGAUAGGCCAAGGUAUGUAGAUAUUCCUUUUGGGAAUAUUAUAGCUGAAAUUACAUCAGAAUUGCCAGUCAAGUGCUAUUUGGUUAAAAAACAAUUACUGCAAUCUCAAGUUAAUGGAGUAUUUUUAAAUCCCACGUUCAAAAUUUAAAACACUGAUUUUCAAUGUGUUUUUUAGUGUUGUCAUUUCUUUAUAGAUAAAUAUUAUAUAAAUAACCUGUUUGGAUCUUGGUCGUUUUUAACUGUUCCUUGGUAAUUCUGAGCAUUUGUUUGGUGACUUAAUAUUUUUCACAAACUUCAAAGAACAGAUUACUCACUAUGAAUGGGUGUACACUGUGGUCAUGAGUUGUGUAUACUUCAUAAUACUGUAAUUUUUCCUCUGUCAGCACCUUUGGGGUACACUUUAAAACACCUUCAGGUGGCUUUAGGUUGAAGUGUUUGAUGUUAUGGCAACAAACUAAUUUUUCAGAACCCAAACAGAAACCAUGUAAUUUCUG